CGUUACACAUCAUAAAGUGGGAUAGAAGCUACUGGAGAAAGGUUUCCAAACGCAUCUAUAUAUACCACUAUAUUCCUUCAACCAUUCUCCAUCAGCGACAUCUCCACCACACAUUACUUGGUGCAUCUUCUCAUCUCAUUCGCAUAAACACAUUCCUUCUAGGUGUAUAUCUCAUCUCAUUUGCAUAUACACAUUCCUUCUUCCUGCAUAUCUCAUCUCAUUUUCAUUUACACAUUCCUUCUUGGUGUAUAUCUCAUCUCAUUUGCAUAAAAACGCUCCUUUUUGGUACAAAAACAUGUUGCGCUUGAGAAUAUUAGGUGUUGCAUUCUUGAUUUUUCUGACUGUGGGUCUCUCCUCGGCCACUAGAGCGAUAACCCACGGCCGAGGGGGCAGCGGAGGCGGAGGCGGCGGCGGCGGCGGCGGAGGUGGCAGUGGCUCUGGCACUGGAUCCGGUUCCGGUUACGGGUCUGGCUAUGGUUCUGGAAGUGGUUCUGGGUAUGGGGGUGCACAAGGUGGAGGCUAUGGAAGCGGUGGUGGUGGUGGAGGUGGAGGCGGGUCUGGUUAUGGGUCCGGGAGUGGUAGUGGAUCCGGCUAUGGCUCGGGCUAUGGCUCCGGGAGUGGAAGUGGCUCAGGAGAGGGCGCAGGUGGAGGUUACGGAAGGGGUGGAGGCGGCGGCGGCGGCUCCGGGAGCGGCAGCGGAUCUGGCUCUGGCUAUGGUUCUGGGAGCGGGCAUGGUUCGGGCUCUGGAUAUGGUGCCGGAGAAGGUGAAGGAGGAGGUUAUGGAAGCGGUGGAGGUGGUGGCGGUGGAAGUGGCUCAGGUUACGGGAGCGGAAGUGGAAGCGGAUCCGGGUAUGGGUCUGGGUAUGGGAGUGGUUCCGGUUAUGGUUUAGGAGGUCGUCGAGGUGGAGGUUUCGGAAGUGGUGGAGGCGGGGGUGGCGGUGGCGGAUCCGGGUAUGGAUCCGGCUCGGGUUCGGGAUAUGGGUCUGGGUCAGGUUAUGGGUCCGGGUAUGGUGGCGGUGACGGUGAAUGGCCUUGAGUUGCUCCGAAAUACAAUGCCUAAUUAAUGUUAUCUUCUUCUUCAAAUUGUUACGUGUGUAGUAUGUCUUGCAUGUUUUCUGUUUUGGACGUUGCAUGCAUUUGUAAUGAUGGGACUGGUUUUGUGUAUAGAUGUGCAUGGGUGCAACAACAUGUAGAUGUUUCAAAGGUAUGAAUAAAAUGUGUUUUUGGAUUUGGUCCACAUGUUA